GAUAUCUGAACAAAAUGUCUUCGUGCGUAGAAAAACUCGUCCAAUCGUCAUGCGUCUGUCCGCUUCCAUGUUCGUGCAGCCGCGCAAAUGUCAUAGCUGAUCUGCUUGGCGUAUCUCCAAUGUAUCAUCAAGAAGAUACCGCUCGUUGGAACUCUGCCGCUUGCUUCUACCAGGCUAUGAAUGAUUCGAGAUCGAUGCCACGUCUUCAACAACCUUCGGAAGACCGCAAAGUCAGAAGCGCGUAUCAUUCACCAGAACGUGACUCGAAUCAUCGCACUCAUCUUGGAAUAGGAGGAAGUAUGCACAAUUUAACCAGUCUACCGUUUUCUUUGCACAAAGUUUCCUCUAUCAAUCGCUCUUUCGCUGGGACAAAUCCAGGAAGUCGUGGAGAUUCAUCGCUGGAGCUCGAAGCUAUAGCGGCUGUUCAUGAGCUAUCAUUUGCCGUGCAAUCAAUCAGUGUCUCCGAAAUGCUUCCUCGUACUCCCGACCUCAUCUUUGUGAACCUCACAACCAUCGAAGAGCAACCAUUCUGCUUGGAACUAACUCACAAAGGUUGGCGUAUCACCUCUCUCCGUCUCGACUGUAUGGUUGGCGACUUUACUCGCCUCGAGCUGUUCACCAAGUACUAUGACUCAUUAUUUUCGCUAAUGGACACGAUAUCACCCGGUUAUCGUGCACGAUUUGGCGAGAAGCUAGCGCUAAGACUGAAAAUGCUUGAGAACGGUGACGAGUCCGGAGCUGCACCAUGUGGUAGCUAUGCAUCUCUCCCAUUGAGUCGCGACUCGUCUCAGUGCUCCUUCGGCUCCUUACCGGACGUUACACCAACGAAUACUCCUGCAGUAAAGUUUAAUGUCAAAAUGAAUGCGCAGAAGUGCUGAUGCUGGCUUUCGCCUUCCCUAUCGCUUAUUGUUUUUUCAACGGGUCGUCGGAUUACGAAUCCGCUUGAUAUCUAGUCACAGUAGGAUAUGGUAUUGUUAUGAGCAGAAAGACGCGCUUAAAGUGUGUCUUUCCUUUUUCUUUUACGUGUAUAAGCUAUGAUUUAUAUGCAUUGGCAGCGACUUGAUCUGUGCUCACGGUUUCAGUGACUUCUUGACUUCAAACUCAUGGUUCUUUGAAGCGCAGUCUUGCGCUUUCCAAUUUUUAGAUAAUAUAGUCUAUACUUCAGUACGUGGAAAGACAAGUGAUAGUGUUUUGUUCUUUUUUAAGACUGGAGCGUAGAUUAAGUGCGACAGCUUGACUAUUGAGAUUUUUUUAUCCCACAUUUAGUGUCAUCACUCCUUAAUUCCGUGUUUUUCUACUAUUUCAUCCUUGCUUCUUUUGGGGUUUAGUUGAAUCGCCAGUUUUCAUUGUUAAUUGCUUCAACAAUACUUCCUAGGUUUUAUGAGAAUUUGACUCAUAUCUCAAACUAGGUUAUUUUAUUUCGUUAGGUCCAUAUAUCAUUGUGCUUCAUAAGUUGCUGUUCAUUUAUAGCAUUUAUGCAAGAACUAAUUAUGCAUAUCUUAGCACAUUAUGAACAUAUGUCCGUAAUG